GGUUUUUGGGAGUCAAGAGUUGUGAUGGUCUCUGUGUGAUCUCCGCCGGCCCCUGCUUCGGACCUCGGCCAAAGUGAGAGGCUAGAGGGUAGCGGAUUCUCUUUCUCAUCUGGGAGGUGGAGCGAGAAAGGGAGGCUGGGAUCGGAGGUAAUGGCAGUAUAAAAGAUGACAACAGCAGCCAGGCCAACUUUUGAACCUGCAAGAGGUGGAAGAGGAAAAGGAGAAGGUGAUUUGAGUCAGCUCUCAAAGCAGUAUUCAAGCAGAGACUUACCCUCUCAUACAAAGAUAAAAUACAGACAAACUACACAGGAUGCCCCCGAAGAGGUUCGUAACCGCGACUUCAGGAGAGAGUUGGAAGAGAGAGAGCGAGCUGCUGCAAGAGAAAAAAAUAGGGAUCGCCCAACCCGAGAACAUACAACCUCCUCCUCAGUGUCAAAGAAGCCUCGGUUAGACCAGAUUCCUGCUGCCAAUCUUGAUGCAGAUGAUCCCUUAACAGAUGAGGAAGAUGAAGAUGAAGAUUUUGAAGAGGAGAGUGAUGAUGAUGAUACUGCAGCUCUUCUUGCAGAACUAGAAAAAAUUAAGAAAGAAAGAGCUGAAGAGCAGGCCAGGAAGGAACAAGAACAAAAAGCUGAAGAAGAAAGGAUUCGUAUGGAAAACAUUCUUAGUGGAAACCCACUCCUUAAUCUCACUGGCCCAUCCCAGCCUCAGGCCAACUUCAAAGUUAAAAGAAGGUGGGAUGAUGAUGUUGUCUUCAAGAACUGUGCAAAAGGUGUAGAUGAUCAGAAGAAAGACAAAAGAUUUGUAAAUGAUACGCUCCGAUCUGAAUUUCACAAGAAGUUCAUGGAGAAAUAUAUUAAGUAGUACAGUUUUAUGUGCUUAAUUAUUAAAAGACCAUAAAAUGUAAAGGAUCAUUCUGGCUUAUUAUCAUUUGUUUUUUUGUUUUUGUUUUAGUUCCCCCCCCCCCCAAUUGUGCAUAGGCUUCCCUCAUUUUAAGUUCCAAAAUACCUUUUCCUUUAGUGAUACUGUAUUUGAUAAUGGACUUGGGAAUUGGUUUAACCCAAUUUCCAUUCUUUGAAUGUUCCCAGACGUGUUUUUUUUUAAUAUGGGAAAAUGGAAUGACUUGUAAUAAAUACUUUAAGAGUUUAAAUACCAA